AUGAAGUCCAAUCCUGCCAUCCAAGCUGCCAUCGACCUCACAGCCGGGGCCCUUGGGGGUAUAGUGUGUGUUCUGACCGGGCAGCCCUUCGACACAAUGAAAGUGAAGAUGCAGACGUUCCCCCGCCUGUACAAGGGCCUCAUGGACUGCUUCCUGAAGACCUACUCGCAUGUGGGCGUGCGGGGCUUUUACAAGGGGACCUGCCCCGCGCUGGCGGCCUACAUCGCCGAGAACUCAGUCCUUUUCAUGUGCUAUGGUUUCUGCCAACAGUUUGUGAAAGGGCUUGUUGGACUGGACAAGCAGGCCAAGCUGAGUGACCUGCAAAUUGCAACCGCUGGGUCCUUUGCCUCUGCAUUUGCUUCUCUGACGCUGUGCCCCACCGAGCUUGUGAAAUGUCGGCUACAAGCCAUGAGAGAAAUGGAGAUGUCAGGGAAAAUAGCAAAAAGCCAAAACACAGUUUGGUCCGUCGUGAAAAGCAUUCUUAGAAAUGAUGGCCCUAAAGGCUUCUACCGCGGACUCUCCAGCACUCUGCUGCAAGAAGUACCAGGGUAUUUCUGCUUCUUUGGUGGCUAUGAAAUGAGCCGGUCUUUUUUUGCCUCAGGGAGAUCAAAAGAUGAACUAGGCCCUGCCCAUUUGAUGUUAAGUGGUGGGAUUGCUGGAAUUUGCCUUUGGCUUGUUGUAUUCCCAGUGGAUUGUGUCAAAUCCAGAAUUCAGGUUCUUUCCAUGUCUGGUAAACAGGCAGGAUUUACUGGAACUCUGUUAAGUAUUGCCAAAACGGAAGGAAUAGCUGUCCUAUAUUCUGGACUGAGUGCUACUAUGAUUAGAGCCAUCCCUGCCAAUGGGUCACUAAUUUUGGCCUAUGAAUAUAGCAGGAGAAUGAUGAUGAACCAGUUUGAACCUGAAGUGUCUUGGUGA